AGCACAGCAAAGCCAUUGAAUCAUUGAAUGAGAGUUGCAUUCAAUUGAAGGCAAUAUCCAAAGCAAUCACUCAAUGAUUACAGCAUUCAGUGAACAUCUGCUCAUUUGAUCCAAUCGUUCAAUCAGUCGUUUGUCUCAACACUCAUUGGAUCCGUUAGACACCACAGACAUGGAGAAUAACCACAACGACAUCUCAGAGAGGAUAGUCAUGAGUCCUAUCAAGAAGGACAAGGAUUACACACUUCUUCGUAUGGAGAGAGUGAGGGCUCAAGACUUGGAUGGCGGCGAUGGCGCCAACAAACACAUCGCUGGCGGCACUCAUACGGGGCUUGUGAUCAACAAAUCCAUCGACGAGUCGAAACUCGAGUGUUCCACUCCUCCAGAGCUUUGUCUGACAUUCAAAGUAUUUCUCAUCAACACCGAGACUCAGACCCACAACCAGGAGAACCGAUCGCUGAGGUUCUGGUUUACCACAGAUGUGUCGGAAGCGCACAAAAUGGGUUUCGCGCAGCAGUUCUUCAGGGAUCUCAUCAAUCCGACGAACUUUCCCAGAGAUUACAUCGGAUUCAUAAUGAAGAUCAUGAAGUUAUUGCAGAUGAAGUACCCGAACAUCAGACAAAUCGAAGUGGAGCUCAAACUCGUGCAGCAAAUGUCGGAACCGCCCGCCCGUCCCACCUCUAAAAACGGUAUUUUAAUAAGCAUUGGAAAUGAAUGUUCGGAUGAUAAGUAUUACUACUUAAGAGACUUGCAGUCAACCCCAUUACCAUAUACUCAACGGUGCAAACCAUUGACAUAUAGUGAACCGGUGGCCCCAAAACCGAAUCUCGGAUCAGUGUCGAUCGACGAGAGCUUCUUAGGCUCCAUACCAGAGUUGAGUGAAGAGAGAGUACUGGAACUAAUCGAGUCAUCCUAUCCUAAUCCCAUCUCUUUGGCUGACAUCGCAAAUUCGACCCAAUCUACCGAAGAAGAGGUUCACUUCCAUAUACAGGAAUUAUUGUCCAAAAAUUUGAUCAAACCUUUAAGCGAAGGCCUGUUUACACGAGUCACUCAAAAUGAUACUGAAGUCAAGCUGGUUAGACAGAUGCCUAAGGUUGUCCGCUCAGAACAGCCUACUAUUGCCAUCAUUACUGCCCAAUACUGCGAAAAGUUAGCCGUCGAUGCUAUGAUUGAUAAUAAGGACACUUAUGUCAGAUAUAAGACUGAAGGAGAAUCAAAUGUCUAUACAUUGGGUAACAUUGGAUGCCAUCGAGUAGUGUCCACUAAAUUACCGGCUGUCGGACACUCGAGGGCUGCAAUGAUUGCGGCCGGGAAUACCACAACAAGACUUCUUGGAACGUUUCAAUGCGUGGAAUAUGUAUUUCUGGUGGGAAUCGGUGGAGGAGUUCCUCAUUACACAGAUUUUCAACGACACGUGCGAUUGGGCGACGUUGUGGUGUCGUGUCCUCCCAAUCUAUUAGACGGAGACUCACGACAGAAGGAAUUUGUUUACAUUCACUGCGAAAGGAUGAAGAACUCACCCGAAGAACGGCUCAAUUCUCCCAAUUUAUCAAAAGAUGCCAAUUGUAUCGAAAAUUUUAAUUUUCGUUUUUGGUGUCCACCGAGUCUUGAAUUGCAAACAAUUGCUAAAGAGAUUUAUGAAAAGGGAAACCAAACGAAUGACAGAGUUUGGGAACACUAUCUCCAGGAAGGGGUUGAUAUGUUGCGUGAAUCUGAGCCUGAUUUUGUCCGACCCGACCCGCAAACUGAUAAACUUUAUAUGUCUAUCGGCACUAAAGAUGUCAUAGAAAUGGCACAUCCCUGUCCUCCUAAUGACACAUACGAUCCCAGAAGUAAUGGGUUCCCAAAGAUUCAUUUUGGAGCCAUUGGUUCGGGACGUAUGGCAGUGAAAGAUGAACAGAUCAGACAAGAUAUUGCAUCGAAAUACGGUGUAAUGGCUUUUGACUCGGAAUUUGAUUCAGUCGUUGAAUCUGUUUUCGGUAACCGAAAAGACAAAUAUAUAUUUUUGCGCGGAAUCGCUGACUAUAAAGACGGCACCCGUAAGAAGGAAUGGCAGCCUUACGCCGCCCUUUCCGCCGCCGCUUAUAUGAAAGCCAUUCUCUGCGCUCUAAGUCCUUUCGAAGACAAUUAAGUUUUGCCCCAAUUUUUGUUAAUUUUUUACUCGAUAUUUUAAUUGCGAUUUUUGUCCAAACUUUAUAUCAUUUGAAACGAUUUAAUAUCAUUUGAUACCAUAUUUAUGACAUCUUUUAAAUAUAGCAAACUUUAUGAAAGUUUUCUAUUAUUUAAUUCUGUAGCUAUUCUCACAUCAAAUCCUCUACGUGAU